AUGAGCGAAGAACUAGCGCCAAGUUUCUCCGCCGCAAACUAUGCCCACGAUGGGAAAGUUCAUAUUUUGCUGGCAGCGACAGGCUCAGUUGCUACAAUCAAAAUACCAAAUAUAGUCGCUUCGUUGGGGUCUCAGGACAAAUUUUCAAUCCGUAUUAUCAUCACGGAAUCUGCUGCCAAUUUCCUCAAUGGGCAGAGCGAUGAGCAGCCGAGUUUGCAACAAAUUCGGCGGAUGAAAGGCGUCGAAGGCAUAUACCAUGAUGAAGAUGAAUGGAAAAAACCAUGGGUUAGAGGGGCGGAUAUACUACAUAUCGAGUUACGAAGAUGGGCUCAUGUCCUUCUUAUCGCCCCUCUUUCCGCAAACUCACUGGCAAAAAUGGCGGUUGGGAUGGCGGAUAACCUCCUGCUCUCUGUCGUUCGAGCAUGGGAUACGUCCGGUACAAUUGAUACGAAAAAGCCAACACCACGGAUAUUUGUGGCUCCAGCAAUGAACACUGCAAUGUGGAGAAACCCACUCACGAACAGACAAGUUGAAAUUCUGGACACGAGCUGGGGCUUCCAACCUGAAACUGGAGGCGGUUGGGUCACAGUCAUAAAGCCAAUGGAAAAAGAGCUUGCAUGCGGUGAUAUAGGAGAUGGCGCUAUGGAAGAUUGGAGGAAGAUAGAGGCCAAGGGAUAUAGUGCUCCCGGUAAACCAGCAGCCAUACUUGAACCACCACCAACAAUCCUUAGGAGCACUGUCCAGGCCACGUUACUGGCAUACAGAGAAGCGCAGGCUGCGAGGGCGCUAGUAUCACUCAAGACAUCAAUUCCCAAUGCAGGGAAUCCCAUCACCGCACCCCAGGAAAAUGUCAACCCUAACAUGGCCUGGGGAUAG